UUUUAAUAAAAUUCAACGCCGCGCUGCGUCGAUUGAUUACCAUAAUUUUUCGCUCAUAAUCUAGUAAUAUGAUAUACUUGUAAGAGAUCUCGAAUGCCGACAAAACAGAAGGGAGGAUCUGACUAGUUUUUAGAAAUAAUAAACUCGACCUAAGAGGGAGACGCGACUGGCCAAUCAGAAGCUGGAUGUGAACUGAUCUAUUAUAUUAUGUAAAAUGAAUUUCCGUAUGACUUGAUGAGAUGAAUAAGCGUUGGGAGAUUUGCUCGUCGCUUCCAAGCUGAUUCGGAAUAUGGAUGAAAAAAUAGAGAUUAGUUGCGUUUUGGGGCGAAUUUUGAAAGCAAGUUUGUGUGGUUUGUUGUGGUCGUGAUGAGUGGACUUUUUUUUAUCGCGAGUGUGAUGAAAUUUAUUGAUGUGGAUUGAAUUUGUUGUUGUGCGAGAAAUUCAUCACAGUGCUAACGUCGGCGAAUGAACAAUAAAUAAUAUUUGCGAAAAUAUUGAACUGAAAAUGGCUCCAGAUGAAAAGCAGUCGAUCAAAAUUGAAGACGAUGAAAAAUCAUCAAAUUUACAAAAACUUUUACAAUACGGAUGCUUAGAAAUGGUUCGAGUCCCGCAGAAAUGUACGGAGAAGCGAAAUAAUUUCACGAUAGAUUAUAUUCUGGGAACGAAUGAGAAAUCGGAUCAAAAUUUGAACACAAUUGAACCACAUUAUGAUUGGCUGCAUUAUACGAGAUAUAGACCACCGAAAUUGCAACGAAUUCGUAAAAAGGAAUGCAUACAAAAGCGUAGACUGGGUAGGAACCCGAGAAUUCCAUUUUCUAGCGAGCAAGUUGCCAUCCUAGAGGAAAAAUUUCAAACGAGUCCUUAUUUAAGUAAUUCCGAUGUUAAUGAUUUGUCCACAUGUCUUCAACUUUCUGAAUCCAGGAUAAAAAUAUGGUUCCAAAAUAGAAGAGCGAGAGAAAGAAGAGAUGGAAACGACACGUCAGAAAAAGGAUUGAAUUUGAUAAAAUCAUUUUUAAUGAAGACUCGUCAUCCUAGUUCGAUUAAUACCACAUACGAUGUUCAAGAUCUUUCUAUGUCCGCAUUUAAACCAUGUCAUAAUUUAGCCAAGUGAUUUUUUUGAUUUUUUUACUUUGAGAAUUAAUUAGGAUUUUAAGAUUUUGUAAAUUUGUUUUCUUUUUGUUAAAUUAUUCAGUAUUAAGUAUACCUAUUAAGUUGAAAGAAAAAUACUUAUAAAUAAAAGUUUUUAUCAUUGAAAUGAGA